AUGAUUAUGACACAGGUCUUGGAGCUGGGGUGUGGAAAUUCACAGUUGUGUGAAGAAUUGUAUAAAGAUGGGGUUACUGAAAUAACGUGCAUUGAUCUGUCCGCUGUUGCAGUGGAGAACAUGCAGAAGAAGUUACUGUCUAAAGGUUUUAAAGAAAUAAAAGUUCUGGAAGCUGACAUGCUAGACCUGCCUUUUAGCAACGAGUGUUUUGAUGUUGUUAUUGAGAAAGGAACCAUGGAGGUACUGUUCGUUGAUAGUGGUGACCCAUGGAAUCCACGGCCUGCAACCGUAACCAAGGUCAUGAAGAUGCUUGAGGGUGUACAUAGGGUUUUAAAACCAGAUGGCGUUUACAUCUCAAUUUCCUUUGGCCAGCCACAUUUCAGGCGCCCUUUCUUUGAGGCUCCACAAUUUACCUGGUCUGUGGAGUGGAGUACCUUUGGUGAUGGAUUUCACUAUUUUUUCUAUACAUUGAAGAAGGGAAGAAGAUCAUUGGAUGAUAAAGGAUCUAGUAAAGAGAAGUUAGAGAUCCCGUCUAUUUGUCUUUUUCAAGAUGAAUUAGAGGGUGAGGAUUAUCUUUUUCGAACCAACAUUGAUGAGCUCAAUUGUUAA